CCGACGCCAUCGAAACGAAACGGGACAUCACCUUUGUACUAGAGUCGUUGACAACGCCAAGCCACACCAGUCAGCGAGCCACCAUCCACCACAGGCCCACACCCAACGCUCCGCCGCCUCCUGCGCGCGGCGUCGUCGGCGGCGGCGGAGCGAUGCGGCAGGAGAGGCGGCUGUACAGCCUCCUCGGCCUCCUCCUCCUCCUCGCCGUCGUCUACCUCACCUGGUUCCCGACGACCCACGACGGCGGCGGGGGCGGUGGUGGGGGGUGGGUCAAGCUGCCGGUGCCGUGGCUCCAGCCGCGGAUGCCCUUCGCGGCGCGCCGCGGCACCCACUUCGUCGACGCCGACACGGGGUCGCCGCUCUACGUCAACGGCUGGAACUCCUACUGGCUCCUCCCCGCGCGGUCCCCGGCGCUCGCCGCCGAGAUGCUGCGCCGGGGACGCCGGAUGGGGCUCUCCGUCUGCCGCACCUGGGCGUUCAGCGACGGCGGCCCCGGCGCGCUCCAGAUCUCCCCCGGCCGCUUCAGCGAGGCCGUCUUCCAGGUAUUGGAUUAUGUCAUAUAUGAAGCCCGGAGAAAUCAUAUUAGAUUGAUUCUUUGCCUUGUGAACAACCUCGAUAACCUUGGAGGGAAGGCUCAAUAUGUCCAGUGGGCACAAGCAGCUGGAGCUAAUAUGACAAAUUCAACUGAUUCUUUUUAUUCACAUCCAACUAUUAAGCGUUACUACAAGGAUUAUGUGAAGGCAAUAUUGACCAGAAGAAACUCUUACAGUCGAAUAAGAUACUCUGAUGAACCUGCUAUAUUUGCUUGGGAACUCAUGAAUGAGCCUAGGUGUGUGUCCAACUCAUCUGGCCCCUACCUUCAGGCUUGGAUUGCAGAGAUGGCUGCAUAUGUAAAAAGUUUGGACACUAAUCAUCUAGUUACAGUUGGAACUGAAGGGUUUUAUGGUCCUGGAAUAGCUGAAAGACUGGGUGUUAAUCCCGGGGAAUGGGCAGCUUCACUUUGCUCAGACUUCAUACAAAACUCAGCAGUUGAACAUAUUGAUUUUGCUUCUGUUCAUGCUUAUCCCGAUAGCUGGUUACCAAGGGCAAGCUUGGAAGAAAAAGUCAGAUAUCUUUCCAAUUGGGUUGAUUCACACCUGAAUGACAGUGAACAAAUCUUGAAAAAACCUGUCCUAUUUACAGAAGUAGGCUACCUCCAGCAUUCAGAUGCAAACAGUAACAGCACAGUUGAUAGAGACAUUAUUCUAAGAAUUGUUUAUGAUAAAAUCUAUGAUUCGGCAAGAAAGCUGCAGGCGGGUAGUGGUGCUCUUAUCUGGCAGUUGAUGGUUGAAGGAACACACAUGUAUGGUGAUAAUUUCUCCGUUGUGGCACGGGAUCGUCCCUCGACUUAUAGUUUGAUAACCAAUCAGUCAUGUCGUUUGCAAAGGCUGUAUGGAGAAGGAGACCCUGGGUGGCAAUGCUCAAUACCACCCUAAAGACUGCUGCUACUGGUACAGAAAAUUCCCGUUCUAUAAAACACAAACUCUUUUUGCAGCAUCAUUCGAGAAGCAAACCAUGGACAGAGAAGCCUGUAUAGUAAACAUGCUGUCGAGUGCUGAUAGCUUGAGUGACAGACUGCCAGUAGAGAAUCAACUUCAAGUUUUCAACAACGGCAGGGAGGCAGUUCUUUGCCGGUGGCUAUUGAAUCUCAACAUGGUAAUGAUAUAUAUUCACAUGGUUUAGCAGUAUUCUUGAUUCUCGACCACAUUUUUAUGGCCGUCAGCAAUAUAUAUCCCUAUAAACGAUUCUCUCAAGGUGCAUAUUAAACUUAAUUUGCUCAUAGUCAGUCACAGGAAUAGCAAGGGUAGUUUUAGAAACGUUUCUGUAUUGGCCAUAUGAGGCCAAUCAUGACGUUUUAUUCGUUGUUUUUUUUCACGGCAUUCUGUGGUUGCAUUGCGCGUGAACAAAAACAUGUUUUGUAACCCUGUAUUAGUAUGCGCUAUAUGCGGUGCAAGAUAUGAUCCCGAUUCUCGAGACCAGAAGUAUACGUGACUUUGGCAGGGUAGAUUCAGUUAUAAAUUACAUAGUUUGUUGGAAAAAAAAAACCUUACCAAUUAUGGUAAGACAAAGGAAUAAUACGCUAGUUCUUCGUU